CUGCAAAAAAUAAAAUAGUUAGAAGCCAUUUUCGAUCCGUCGUUUCUAGAGCUGUGUAUUGGGACGACUUGUCGUUAAAGAAGAUUGAAGAAGAAGAGAUAAGGUUGAAGGAAUAAUGGGAAAUAUUGAUAGAAAAUCAUCUAUUGAAAAUGAGCCAAGGACUCUCAGAAUGCAUCAAAUCCAAUUUGCAAGGGAAGCAGCACUUUAUGUGAUAAACACAACCACUAUAGAAGAAGCAAUGAAGAUUUUCACAGAGGGAUUACAACCAGUGGAAUGUAAAGCAAUUCAAGAUAAAGAUUCAAUAAUGGGAAAUUACUAUCAUGAGGAAGAAGAUGAUGAGUUACAAUCUCUGUAUCAACCUAGAGACAUUGUCUCAGCCCCUUUUUAGUCUAGUUUUGUUUUGUUUUUUUCUUUUUCUUUUUCUUUUUUUUUGGUAAACACACAUGUAAAGGUUUAGAUUCUUUUAGUGGGAAGGAGCAAAGUUCUAAGUUCCAACCAUCCUAUUUUGUUUUUAUUAGUUGUUAUAGUCCAAUAUAAUAAACCAUGGGUUAAAAUGUCA